AUGAGUGGCAGCACGACCAGCUUCCGUGUGGUGGCCCACUCCAGCCUCUACCGCGUCCUCAAGCGGCCCCAGGAGUUUGUCAACAAGACCCCAGAGACCAUCUUCAUCUUCUGGGGGCCACCCGCCAAGAUGCAGAAGAGUCUCCUGAAAAUCAUCCAACGCGUCAGCGCCUCCUUCCCCAACAUGACGGCCUACGUCGUCUCCCCCGGCCGCAUGAAGCAGUUUGAUGACCUGUUUCGGGGGGAGACGGGGAAGGACAGGGAGAAGUCGCGCUCGUGGCUCAGCACCGGCUGGUUCACCAUGGUGAUCGCGGUGGAGCUGUGCGACGCCGUCCAUGUCUAUGGCAUGGUGCCACCCAACUACUGUGGCCGCCGGCCCCCACCCCCUCCCCUGCCCUACCACUACUACGAGCCAAAGGGCCCUGACGAGUGCACGACCUACAUCCACAACGAGCGGAGCCGCAAGGGCAACCACCAUCGCUUCAUCACCGAGAAGCGGGUCUUCGCCAGCUGGGCCGACCUCUACAACAUCACCUUCUCCCACCCUGCCUGGCCCUAGGGGCUGCUCCCCACAGCUGGGCAGAGCCCCUGGAGCUGGGAUGGCUGGGGGACCCCCUGCAUCCCCCCCAGAGCGGGGGGCAGUAGGAGCCAGGCACGAGGGUGCCACCGGGUGCCUCCCAGGGGACCACCACCGUUGUGUGUGCCACCACAGAGGCUCCUUGCACUUCGGUUGUGUUGGGUUUUGAGCUGUUUUUUAGGGGGGCAGGUGGUGAGUGCAGGGUUUGGGGUCCCCCCCCUGCUCCAUGGGUUUGGGGUGUCCCCCCCGCUCCAUGGGUGGAAGGUGGGGUUGCAUCACUUUUGGGGCCACUGCAAAGACUGUUUGCCCAACCCCCUGGGUGGGGGAACCCACUCUUGGGGCUCAGCCCUCCCCUCUGCCAUCCCCAGCACCCCAAUCCCAGUCCACAAACAUCCUUCCCUCAGCAGGACCCCACAGUUUUUGGUGGGACCCCGCGGGGAUGACACUGCCACCCUUGGUGCCCCAGCACCCCAAAAACACCCGGCUUCUCCCAGCACCGCUGCGCCCCACACCCACACUGCCAAAACCUUUUCUAACUGAGCGAUGGGAUUUUUGGGGGCUUUUGGUUUUUUUCCUCCCUGCUUCUGGUCCUGGGGUUUGUAUUUGGGUUUCUGGGUGGAAGGAGCAAGCAGGGGCUGCUCAUUAGUGGUAACGAAGGGGCUGGCAGUAUUCUGCAGCUGGGUCCUGAUCAUUUAUUAACCACUUAUAAACUAUUUAGAAGGGGGGGCUGGCAGUGCCCCUCAGCACCCUGCAGCUGGCAGGUGGAUUUUGUUAUUUUGUCUCAGCAGCAGGGAAGGGGGUUUGGGGAAAAUAGCUAAAUAUAGCGUGUUUGGGUGCUGAGCCCUGGCAGGGCUCCGUGCCUCAGUUUCCCUCUGGCUGUGGCCCGUCCCCGUGGCAGCUGGGGCUUUGGGGGGCUCAGUGCUGGAGGAA